CAAAUACCUGCGACUCCCCUUUAACAAUAUCAGGGCUUCCUAAGCUCUACUGUACUAAAAACUCCACAACUUCGACUUAUCUCCUGACUCCUCCUGUAUCAAGUCAUGGAUUCGUUCUUCACACUCGCUGCCUUUUCCUCGGCGCCUGUCUCUUCUGAAGAGACGCAAGCGCAAGUACCAGUUGACCAGGAGCACUACGGCAAUGCCAACUGCUACUGCGUCAUCGCAUGAUCAGCAUCACACCGCUCUUCUCUCGCAACCGCGUUAUCAUCACUGUACAUUACCACUCUCCUUGUACGGUUCAUCUAACCGGUCUUCGUUCGCAAAAUUCGCCACAUUCUGUCACAGUUGACGGACAUUAUGUAUUAUAUUAUCUAUCGUUUUGGUAGACAGUGGUACUUACAUCCGGUAUGCCAAGGCUGCUGGGGAUCACAACACUUGGUUCGCAUAUCUUCGACUCAGCUACACUUUCGUUACCUUUCUGUUGUACAUAUUCGAGCUCUUAUUUUUUUCUGUAACUCCCUCCAGAUAUUACAUGUAUACCGUGUGCAUCUUGAUACUUGGAGUAUGAUGUGAGCUGUAAAUAUAAGCGUGCAGGCAGUGAAUCACAAUAAAUAUAUUUCGACACCGAUACAUUUCUCGAGUUCAUUGAUACCAUUCAGCACUUACUGGUAGCAGCUGAGACAUCCAGCGCUGAAAAUAAAUUUACUUUCAAUGGCCAGACGUGAAUCCGAG